AUAUUUUCCUCCGCACUCAUCAAAGCGAACUUUAAACCCUAGCAGCCUCCGUGCUCUCUCUUCUUCGUUGGUCGUCUAGUUCACUCGCUAAACCCUAAUACACACUUCUUAACACAGAGGAAUCAGAUGGCCUUCUGCAACAAACUUGGAAAUCUUGUGAAGCAGAGCAUUUCCCAGAAUGGGCAAGUUCCAGUGGCAUCAUUACUUAACUCCAUUCGUUGUUUUUCAUCCUCAAAACUUUUUAUUGGAGGUCUUUCAUAUGGAACUGACGACCACUCUCUAAAGGAUGCAUUUUCUGGUUUUGGUGAUGUGACUGAAGCAAAGGUUAUUCUUGAUAGAGACACUGGAAGGUCCAGGGGUUUCGGAUUUGUCACCUUUGAUAGUCAGGAUUCUGCAAGCUCAGCCCUGUCAGCCAUGGAUGGCCAGGAGCUAAAUGGGCGGAAUAUACGCGUGAGUUAUGCUACUGAAAGAACUAGUCGUAGUGGGCCUCGAACUUUCAGUGAUGAUCGUAAUGGAGACAGAGGCUUUGGUUAUUAAGAAGUAAACAGCGGGUUGUGUGGCCAAGCUGUAUGAUAAUGGCUGUUGACUGUAAAUGGGUUAUUCAUUCCUUAAAAGUCAUGUCAUAUUGAGGUGCAUGCAGGCUAUUUCUGCUCCUGUACGACUUAUAUGAGGGGUAGAUUCUGUCCAGAAAACACACUUUUAUUCUGGUGGCCUUUCUUUUUUUUUUGGUUUGUGUUGGGUAAACUUAUAAUUGUUUUGGCAAACUAGGUUUGUUAUCUAGGUCAUCUAUUUUUAUUUUCGUAUGCUUUCUGUCUUAUGUGAGAGUCAGUUCUCUUCAUUCCCCCAUUAUUUCUUUAGUAAUCAGGCAGUUCCGAAAGGAAAACUGCAUUUGGGUUACGGAACUUGAUAGCAACUGGAACCUUGACGUUCCCAAAUUGGAAUCCUUUUUGGUAUUUUUGGUUCUUGAUUCCGAAAAUCCAGGUGCUGCUUGAUAUGAGGUGUAGUUGCUUAAGCAUUUUGGUUUUGAA